UGCACGCUAGGCCUCUCCACUUGCUGAGGCUGUUUAAGGGUGUAUAAGAGAAAGAGAGUUUAGGAUCUCCAGCAGCUAACGGCACAUUCUUCAGACUCAAUUCUCUUUUAAGGCACAGUGAGUCCACAGAAGAUAACACCCAUUGGCAUAUAUGUUAUAUCAAACAUUUUGCCUUCACCUUGGGGGUCGCAUGCGGAAGAAGUUAUUGCUCUGAAUAUUGCUAUGGGUUGCCCGCAGCAUGAGUGUGCAAAUGCUCUUAUGGACUACAGGACUCAGUGGUGACAGCAGUGUAAACUGACGCAUUGAAGACUCAGUGUUUGCUACCAGAAUGGGCAGUACUUGCAGUGGUCAGAGGAAACAAGAAGGAAAAGGACAUAUAAAUAAUAACUCAGCGGCCUACACCCAUUCUCACCCAAGAGAACAUGGACAGCUUGGCACGACCUAUGAUGAAAAUAUUGUCAUCGCUCAGUAUGACUUUGAACCAACCAGUGAUAGCGACCUUCCAUUUAAGAAAGGAGAAAAACUCAAUAUCAUUCAGGAAAAAGGUGACUGGUGGUUAGCUAAAUCUCUGAUCACUGGAGAUGAGGGAUACAUACCAUGUACAUAUGUCGCCCGAGCCCACACAUUGGAGGUUGAGAAAUGGUUCUUCAAGGAUCUGAGCCGCAGAGACACGGAGCGUAUUCUGCUAGCCCCAGGCAACAAAGCCGGGUCGUUCCUUGUGCGAGAGAGUGAGACGACUCCAGGUUCAUUCUCCCUGUCCAUAAGGGACUUGACUCCAGAGAGUGGGGACAUAGUCAAGCACUAUAAGAUCCGCACCCUUGACCAUGGUGGAUACUACAUCUCCGCCAGCUUGACCUUCUCCUCCCUGAGGGAUCUUGUUCAGCACUACUCCAGAUCAGCUGAUGGGCUGUGUCAGAGGCUGGGAAGUCCCUGUAAAUCUGCAGCACCUCAGAGGCCCUGGGCCCAGGAUGACUGGGAGAUCCCAAGGGAAACACUGAAGAUGGUGAAGAAACUCGGUGCUGGGCAAUUUGGAGAAGUCUGGAUGGGCUACUAUAAAAACAACCAGAAGGUGGCUAUUAAGACGCUAAAAGAGGGAACCAUGGAGCCAGCGGCCUUCCUCCAGGAGGCCAACCUUAUGAAGAAACUGCAGCACGUCAGGCUUGUGAGACUACAUGCCGUAGUAACACAGGAGCCCAUUCUCAUAGUCACAGAGUUCAUGGCAAACGGGAGCUUAUUAGAUUUUCUGAAAACCACGGAUGGCAAGAAACUUAAAUUGCCCAAGUUAAUAGACAUGACAGCUCAGAUUGCAGAGGGUAUGGCCUAUAUUGAAAGAAAGAAUUAUAUUCACAGAGACCUUCGUGCAGCCAACAUACUUGUAUCAGAGACCUUGCACUGUAAAAUAGCUGACUUUGGUUUGGCCAGGAUUAUAGAGUCUGAAUACACCGCACAUGAAGGUGCAAAGUUCCCAAUUAAGUGGACAGCACCCGAAGCUAUCAAUUUUGGUACCUUUAGUAUCAAGUCAGAUGUCUGGUCCUUUGGCGUUCUCCUUACUGAGAUAGUCACCUAUGGAAGAGUGCCUUAUCCAGGCAUGACAAAUCCUGAAGUGAUCCGGAACUUGGACCGGAUGUACAGGAUGCCGUGCCCAGAUGGCUGCCCUGAGGAGCUGUACAACAUCAUGCUCCUGUCCUGGAGACAGAAGCCAGAGGAGAGACCCACAUUCGACUACUUGCAGGACACACUCAAUGACUUUUUUAUCGCCACUGAGGGGCAGUAUGAGAUGCAGCCUUAGACAAGUGAAUGGAAAGACAUGCAGAAGGAACAGGGGGGCAUGGGGGGGGGGGGGUGAUGGCCAGCCCUAUCGCAUGAUGUCACACAGUGUGCAAGCAUGUCAUAAACUGUCGUGAUAAUGUGGAAUAUGCUGCCUGUAACUGGACCCAUCACUGGAUUACCAAUCAGUGGAUUUGAUCGUUAUAUGGAAUGUUUCCACCGGAUUACCAAUCAGUGGAUUAGAUCUGUUAUAUGGAAUGUUUCACAAAUACAUGAUAACACUGCACUGUGUAAGUAAAUUCUAAACAUGAAAUGCAGAGCCUUGAAUGACUAAAGUAUUUUAGAGAUCUACUGUUGUGGCAGUAUUUCACACACCAAGUGCACAUGUCAGACAGAUCGUUCCUGCCAUAUUUGGUUUCGUUCAACACAGUUUUGUGAUUUUAGUUACCUGGUUAUUGGGCAGUAUUGGUUCUCCUUUAUUAAUUACUUGAUGGUAUGUUCAAGCAGAUCACUGGCUACUUCCACUGAACCAGUACCGGGUGUGGCAAUGCAGGAAAACAGAGGAGCUCUCAGUGAAGUCAUUGUACUGAAGUUUGUGGAUGUUUGUUGAUGCUUGUUAAUGUUUGUCAGAACAAUCAUUGGUGUUAAUCUUUGUCUGAUAUUUUUUAAUUUCCUUUCAUCCUAAAAUAUGUACUGUUCCUUUUGUUGAUUGUAAUUUAAAUAUAUUUUUCAUAUGAAUAAAUUGCAUAAGUGCAUAUUCACACAUUCAAAAG